GCGCUGCUCAGUGUCGGUGCUGUAGAGUCACAGCAGGCUUGGACCAGCAUGCUAUCUUUCUCCUGCUGUACACACGUCUCGUUUGACUUCAUUUAAACCUGAAUAGGCAGCAGUGCUCACAGAUCUGUACUUUCUCUGUAAGCCUGGCCUGUCUACAAAGUCUUAUCAAAUGGAUAAUGGAGACUGGGGGCACAGGAUGACUCACCCAGUCACAUUAAAUGUUGGAGGUCACCUCUACACCACCUCAAUUUCCACACUCCAGCGGUACCCUGACUCAAUGCUGGGUGCCAUGUUCCGUGGGGACUUACCCACCACACGAGAUGCUCAAGGAAACUACUUCAUUGACAGGGAUGGCACUCUGUUCCGCUACAUACUGAACUUUCUGCGCACAUCUGAACUGACUCUGCCAUGCGACUUCAUGGAGAUGGAUCUCCUGCGUAAAGAAGCUGAUUUUUAUCAGAUCGAGCCUUUAAUCCAAUGCCUCAAUGACCCAAAGCCACUGUACCCUCUAGAUAAGUUCGAACAGGUGGUAGAGCUGUCCAGUACCCGCAAACUCUCUAAGUACUCAAACCCAGUAGCUGUUAUUAUUACCCAGCUGACCAUCACCACUAAAGUACAUGCACUGCUAGAGGGAAUCUCCAAUAAUUUUACAAAGUGGAACAAACACAUGAUGGACACAAGAGACUGUCAAGUGUCCUUCACCUUCGGACCCUGUGACUAUCAUCAGGAGGUAUCUCUCAGGGUUCACCUCAUGGACUACAUCACCAAACAGGGCUUCACAAUCCGAAACACUCGGGUCCACCACAUGAGUGAGCGUGCCAAUGAGAACACAGUGGAGCACCACUGGACUUUCUGCAGGCUUGCUUACAAAGUAGAAGACUGACGAAACACCAAACUGUGCAAAACUGCUGAUGCCAAUGCUAUAAGUUAAUUACGAUACAUCUAUUUCAUUGUUUGUUGUGUGACCAAACUCAGUAACUAGAGAAAAGGGGAAAAUACUAUUGAUAAGUUAUCAACUAAAUUUAGUGUUUUAUUC